AUGUUGACCCAUUUCCUCUUUUUGGCCCCGCUCUUGGCCUCGACUGCCCUCGCGGACCGUCCAAUUGAUGGAGACACGUCCAUCAUUGCGCACACUGGAGAGCCUGUCGGCACCGAGGAAGUCGUCGAUGGAACGACAUACUAUAUCACCAAACCGGGUGCCGAUGCACCGGACACGAAUGGCGCCGCGGUGUUGUACCUGACCGACGUGUUUGGAAUUAACCUUACCGAGAACAAGCUUCUCGCCGACUCGUUCGCCCGUGCCGGUUUCGUUACUGUCGCUCCUGACUUGUUCCAGGGGAGUCCUGCACCAUCGGACCUGAAUGACCCAACCUUCAAUACGACUGCGUUCCUCGCCGCCCAUGGCCCGGAUGUUACGGACCCGAUCGUCGAGGGUACCAUCAACUACAUUCGCAGCACGCUGAACGUCACCAAACUCGCGGUGACGGGCUACUGCUUCGGCGGGCGGUACUCGUUCCGCUUCGUCGACGCCGCCAGGACGGUAAAGGCGGAUGUAGCGUUCGCGGCGCACCCGAGCGCCUGGGUGGACGGGGAAGUCAGUGCGAUUGGGGCCGCCACGGCGGUGGCCACUGCUGACCAGGACAGUCUCCUGCCGGCGUCCCUGAGGGCCGAACUCGAAGCUCUGCUGCUCAACAUCAGCUCGCCUUAUCAAGUGAACCUGUACAGUGGCGUCCAACACGGUUUUGGAGUUCGCGCGAACGUCUCAGACCCGGUUCAGAAGUUUGCGAAGGAGUCUGCCUUCCUGCAGGCCAUCCGGUGGUUCAACAACUUCUAA